UCAGGACCGGGUUCACUUUGCUGGUCUGGAACACCUUCAGGAUCAGGACCUUGUUUGUUCUUUUUUGUGGAUUCUGGUCUCCUCCUCGUCCAUCAUGGUGCCACAAAUACCCGGUCUGAGGGUCUGGAUCCCGGUGCUGGUCUCGCUCCUCCUCGUCUCGCACUGCGACUCUCGAGGCGCGUGUGAGUCCAUCUCCGUCCUGCUGUGCAGGGACCUGGUCUACAACCAGACCGUGAUGCCCAACCUGCUGGGCCACACCAGCCAGGAGGACGCGGGUCUGGAGGUCCAGAGGUUCGACCCGCUGGUUCGAGCCCGGUGCUCCAGGGACCUGCAGUUCUUCCUGUGCUCCGUGUACGUACCGGUCUGCACGAUCCUGGAGCAGCCCAUCCCGCCCUGCAUGGCUCUGUGUGAGCGGGCCCGAUCCGGCUGUGAGGACCUCUUGAACCAGACCCGGAUCCAGUGGCCCGAGAGGCUCCGCUGUGAGGACCUUCCGGUAGAGGGGCUCUGCGUGCACGGGUUACACGACCAGGAGAGACCCCCAGAGACCACGACCCAGACCCAGAACUACAGACGCCCACGCCGGAAGAGAUCACGAGACCACCAGACCCAGACCAAGAAACCCAGACACCCAGAGACCCAGACCCAGGACCUCAGACCCACACAUCGAGAGAGACCUGCAGAGACCACGACCCAGAACCGGACCUGUGUCUACUCAGAGGGAUUAAACCAGUUCAGGAGCAGGACUUUAUUUGUACUGAUUCUGGUCUUCUUCUCGUCCAUCAUGGUGGCACAGAGACCCGGUCUGCGGGUCUGGAUCCCGGGCUUCAUUCUGGUGGUCUCACUCCUUCUCGUCCCGCCAUGCGUCUCUCAGCGUGAGAAGGGGAUCUUCAUCCCGGAUCACGGUUUCUGUCAGUCCAUCUCCAUCCCGCUCUGCAGUGACCUGGCCUACAACCAGACCAUCAUGCCCAACCUGCUGGGCCACACCAAUCAGGAGGACGCCGGGCUGGAGGUCCACCAGUUCUACCCGCUGGUUAAAGUCCAGUGCUCCGUGGACCUGAGGUUCUUCCUGUGCUCCGUGUACGUGCCGGUCUGCACGGUUCUGGAUCGGGCCCUCCCACCCUGCAGGUCUCUGUGUGAGCGGGCCCGGCUCGGAUGUGAGGACCUCAUGAACAAGUUCGGCUUCCAGUGGCCCGAAAGUCUCCGCUGCGAGGACUUCCCGGUUCAUGGAGCAGAGCUCUGCGUGGGUCAGAACACGACAGACUUAGAUGACCCCACGUCAGAACCGACCCCCAACCAGCUUGUCUACUGCCCUCGGCAGCUCCAGGUGCCCUCCUACCUCAACUACCGUUUCCUGGGGGUGAAGGACUGCGGCGCCCCCUGUGAGAUCUCCAAACCCAACGGAGUGAUGUAUUUCCGAGCAGAGGAGUUGAAGUUUGGCCGGCUCUGGGUCGGGAUCUGGUCCAUUCUGUGCUGCGCCAGCACUCUCUUCACCGUGCUCACGUACCUGGUGGACACGAGGCGGUUCCGAUACCCGGAGAGGCCGAUCAUCUUCCUGUCUGGCUGCUACUUCAUGGUGGCACUGGCGUACGCUGCCGGCUUCCUAUUGGAGGACAAAGUGGUGUGUAGUGAUUUCAACAGCGACGGAUACAAGAUGGUGGCCCAGGGCACCAGAAAGGAAGGCUGCACCAUCCUCUUCAUGAUCCUGUACUUCUUCGGCAUGGCCAGCUCCAUCUGGUGGGUCAUCCUGUCCCUGUCCUGGUUCCUGUCGGCCAGGAUGAAGUGGGGCCACGAGGCCAUCGAGGCCAACUCCCAGUACUUCCACCUGGCAGCCUGGGCGGUGCCAGCGGUUAAAACCAUCACCAUCCUGGCGAUGGGACAGGUGGACGGCGACCUGCUCACCGGAGUCUGCUACGUGGGGAUCUACGACGUGGACGCCCUGCGGGGCUUCGUCCUGGCGCCUCUGUUCGUCUACCUCUUCGUCGGCACUUCCUUCCUGCUGGCCGGCUUCAGGUCGUUGUUCACCAUCCGCACCAUCAUGAAGCACGACGGCACCAAAACGGCGAAGCUGGAGAGGCUGAUGGUGCGGAUCGGCGUGUUUGGUGUGCUGUACACGGUGCCCGCCACCGUCGUCAUCGCCUGCUGCUUCUACGAGCAGGCCUUCAGGCCGUGGUGGGAGAGGACCUGGCACAUGCAGACCUGCAAGCACUUUGCUGUGCCGUGUCCUGCUGGGAACUUUGCACCGCUGAAGCCGUACUUCACCGUGUUCAUGAUCAAGUACCUGAUGACCAUGAUUGUCGGGAUCACGUCCGGCUUCUGGAUCUGGUCCGGAAAGACGCUGCAGUCAUGGCUCCGGUUUUGUAGAAGACUGAACAGCAACAACCAGGGAGAGAGGACGCUUCAGAGGACGUAG